GAGGCCUGGCGCGCGUCCCUGCGGCGCGAGCGGAAGAGAUAGAGCUUCGCGGAGACGGCGGAAGCGGAGAGCAGCACCGCGCCGCAUGGUGGUGGCUGUUUUCUAAGAGUGAGCAUCUGGAGAGAACCAGGUGGAAACUGCAUUACUUUUUGUGACCAAGCCUUAGAAGUUCUGUAGUAUCACAAGCUUGCCAGAUUCAAGGAGAGAGUGACAGUUACAUGGGAUCUGCUUCUCACAGGAGUGUCAGAGUCACUAGACGGAGUUUUGCCAUGUUGUCCAGGCUGGUGUCGAAAUCCUGAGCUCAAGUGGUCUGCCUGCCUCGGCUUCCCAAAGUGCUGGGAUUACAGGUGAGGCUGCUGUCAGAAAGGAACUUUUACACAGUUUGCCUUCAGAGACAGUCUAUCGGCAUGUUGUAGAGUUUUAUUACUAAGAAAAUAAAUGUUACUUAUAUGGGAUAAAAGCAGCAUAUGAAAGAUACUAUCUGCCCUCAAGAAACUUGUAGAGUGUGAGAUGGCAUUCAUAAAUGAAACAGUUGAAUAAGAAUAUAAAGGAGUAUAUAAUGAGAGUGAUAUAACAACAAUGAGAUAUCUCAGUUUAAACACAACUCAUUUAGGAGGGCGUUAGACAUUAUCAAGGAGGGCAUUUCAGAAGUUGGAAGGAGCAGACAAUGAGGCCAUCCUGCCCAGAAUGGAGACUUUGUGUCUGAGAAUGAUAGAAAUAUUAUUGAAAUUGUAGAUUGACACCAAAUCAUGGAAAAUCUUAAAUGCAAGAUGGUUUUACUCAGCAUUUGGUGUGGUGGAUCUUACAUAAACCUUUAGAACUUACAUUAGAGUGUUCAAGUCUUCUGAGACUCCAGAGUCACCUAAGCUAAGAAGUCGCUCACAUCAUUGACAUCAGUGACAUAAAGAAAAACAUCAAGUAAUACUACAAAGGACACUUGGAAAGCUGAUUGCUGAAUAUUUGCCAGCACACUGCUGGUCAUGGCACAGUCGAAAUCAUUGCUUUGAUUGUGGUGGUGCCAUGCAGCAAGAAUCAGAGAGAUGCAGAGUUAGAGCCAGAAGGCCUGACAUGGCACUUUAUGUACCUAAAGCUCAUAGGGGUGCAGUACUCCUUAAGACAGGUGAUGAAGAAGAAAGCUGUGGUUCACCUAACUCUGUGGUGAAAGAAAAGCAAAAAGAAAGUUCUCUCUCCCAAAAAGAAGUCUUUAAAGACAAACCGGAGGCUCGAAGACUAAGUAUCAAUCCUGAUAGAAAGGAGCAUAAUUGUAGAGAAGGAAAGAAAUCUUCAACAAAAUUAAGAAUGGACACAUGCCUUCAAAAAACAAAUAGAGUUUGUUCUAAGAGAGGAACCACUGAAUCCAAAGAAGUAUUAUCCCAAGGACAACAGCAGGGAGCCCCAGAUGCUGGGGUUAUAACUAAUGCACCUUUACAGAGACAUUUUAAACCAAAGAAGGUGGAGUGUUUGGAAGUUGAAACUACGGAUGUGACAGGACAUGAGAGGAUACUUCUUUCACAGGCCUGUUUAGGAAUCAGCGAGGCUCAAGUUCCAAGCAAACCAUUCCAAAAUGUGGAAUUCUGUGACUUCAGUAGGCAUGAACCUGAUGGGGAAGCAUUUGAAGACAAAGAUUUGGAAGGCAGAAUUGAAACUGAUACCAAGGUUUUGGAGAUACUAUAUGAGUUUCCUAGAGUUUUUAGUUCUGUCAUGAAACCUGAGAAUAUGAUUGUACCAAUAAAACUAAGCUCUGAUUCUGAAAUUGUACAACAAAGUAUGCAAACAUCAGAUGGAAUAUUGAAUCCCAGCAGCGGAGGCAUCACCACUACUUCUGUUCCUGGAAGUCCAGAUGGUGUCUUUGAUCAAACUUGCGUAGAUUUUGAAGUUGAGAAUGUAGGUGGUAUAGCCAAUAGUACAGGUUUCAUCUUAGAUCAAAAAGAUACAGAUUCCAUUCCUGUAACUAUGGGUCACAUCUCUCUGUCAGAGAGCACAAAUGACACUGUUAGUCCGGUAAUGAUUAGAGAAUGUGAGAAGAAUGACAGCACUGCUGAUGAGUUACAUGUAAAGCACGAACCUCCUGAUACAGCUGUCCUUGCUCAUGAAACACAUAGAGAUAGUGGAUUUAAGAAUGUAGGUGACAUUACCAAUAAAGCAUGUAUGAUGGACACUACAGGUAUGUCCUGUAGUGAUCAUGUAACUGUUGAUAGCCCUUAUGUAGUUGCAGUUAGAAUAGCUGAUGAGACCUCUAUUAAUACACGAAGUUUCUCAAAGUUUGUAGGAAUGAGUGCAGAUGCAACCCCUCUUCAUGCAGCUAGAAGUGGGAAUGACACUGAAGAUUUCAGCAACCCUUCUGCUUGCUCAGAUAUUUAUGCUGAGAGUAUUUCAUCUCAUUUUACAGAGUCAACAGGAAAGUUGAUAGAGAGCUUGUCAGAUUGUGCUUCCUCCUUACCUAUAAAAAAGAUUGCUGGUAGUAAUUAUAACACUUUUUUGGACUCUGAACUCAGUAUGUUAAAUGGGACAAAAGUUCUUUCAGACAGUGCCGUGGGCAUUGACCUGGGUAGUACUGGUGAUACAACAGAAGCAUUGCACGAACUAAGAACUGCCGAAGAGUUCAAAACAAAAGAGCAAGAUGACUCAGGGAAUAUAGAAUUUGGUGUAUCUUUUCCUGAUAGGGAAUCAUUAUCUAUGGAAACAUCCAUCGAACCAAAAGCAACUGAAACUUCUCACACAGAGGGAAUUACUGCCACUGAGGAGAGCUGGGAGUCUAUGUUUAACGAUGAUGGUGACUGCCUGGAUCCACGUCUUCUACAAGAGUUAUCAGGGAAUACCAAGAGCAGAGAGAGCAUCCAGGAACCUGGAUUUGAUUACUACAAUCAUGAAGUUCCUGAUAUUGACCUCAGUGAUUGUGAAUUCCCACAUGUCAUUGAAAUUUAUGACUUUCCCCAAGAAUUUCGUACUGAAGACCUUCUACGGGUUUUCUGCAGUUAUCAAAAGAAAGGAUUUGAUAUUAAAUGGGUGGAUGAUACACAUGCCCUAGGAGUAUUCUCCAGUCCAAUUACAGCUCGUGAUGCGUUGGGUAUUAAACACACCAUGGUGAAGAUUCGUCCCUUGUCACAGGCCACAAGAGCAGCCAAGGCCAAAGCUAGAGCUUAUGCUGAGUUCCUCCAGCCAGCAAAGGAGCGUCCUGAGACUUCAGCAGCCCUAGCCAGAAGGUUAGUCAUCAGUGCCCUUGGGGUUCGAAGUAAGCAGAGCAAAACCGAACGAGAAGCAGAGCUCAAGAAACUGCAAGAAGCCAGAGAGAGAAAGCGGUUGGAAGCCAAGCAACGGGAAGACAUCUGGGAAGGCAGAGACCAGUCUACAGUUUGAACAUCACUCAAUGAAAGGGAUAAUUCCAUGAAUCAGAAAAUGUUUCCAUAGCCUUCAGAUAAGAUGAUCCUUCCAGAGCUCUAUGUACAUGCAGAUGUGCAUGUUAAAGAGAUAAAGUGAUCGAGACAAGGACUGACUGGGUAUAGAAGGAAGACAGACUCCUGUCUUCACUCCUAAAUGCAGUUCUUUGGAAUCACCCUACUGUGGUGGGCGUAGUAGGGAGCCAUCAGCCAGGAAGAAACGUGGGAGAUGUGAAUUCCAAGAGUUCCCUGGACAGGGCAAGUCAUGUUAGCGUGGGUCACACUUCCAAGAUAUUUAAAGCAAAUACAAAACAGAACAGAGGAUUCAAACCGCAAGUAUGGGAGAUUUAGGCCCUGCAGAGGCAGACCAUUCCUUAGUAUCUCACAAAGCAGAGUAAUACUGGAGGCAGAGUAGGGGGUGGGUAGAGAGCAGUUAGUACAAAGAGGCAGAACAGUGUCUGGUUUACUUGGCAUACACAGAAUCUGCACUGCCAGUUCCAGAACUCCGAAGUUGGUGAACUACAGGAGAUGUGGGUAUUUAGACUCCAAAGUUUAUACUGAGCUCAGUGCCUGGGACCGCUCCAGCUGCACUGCAGCCAGGGGGGAUACCAGCUUCAUUCCUCAGAGUAAACCAACCUUGGGAGCUGUGUGCCAGUCCCAGUGUAAGCAGUAAUACCAUGUUGUAAGAGGGAACAUUAAAGCCCAUUUUAUGACAUA